GUCUCCAAUUGUGAGCGGUUCGCACUCCACUCGCCAGCGGUUAGAUCUACGCGUGCUUGUUCUCCUGGUAGCUCUCGCUACAGAUAUCCAAGCGCCCUCGCCGUGCGUGCACCGUCUCCGCACGCGCCUGCUCUAUCCUUCUAUACGUUUAUUAAUCUCUACAGCGCCCCGUAGUAGCCAUGAGCAACCCGAAUGCGCACCGCAAGAUGACGCCCAAGGGGCAGAUGAGCUCCAGCGGCAUGGGGCCUGCCAUCAUGCACCUGCCUCCGCACCUUAAGGUCAUGUUUGAGCCCAACCCUCCACUGGAUCAUCUACCUCGACUAGUUAAGCGCAAGAUGCCGCCAUACACGGGCCUUGCGGGUUUCUUGGACGUUUUCGAGUCGGUGAACCCCCCUCCUCGCGACGUCCAGGAGACACCAAAAGAGCGUCGCGAGCGCCGCCGCCAGGAGAAAAUGGCGGCUAACGACGCUAAGAUGCAGGAGGACCGGGCCAAAUGGGACCCGAACGCCGAGGACCCGCGCAAGACGAAGGACGCAUACAAGACGCUCUUUGUUGGCCGUAUCAGCUACGAGACCACGGAACAGCAGCUACGCCAUGAGUUUGAACAAUACGGACCUGUUAAGAGUGUGCGGCUCGUGGAGGAUUCAGAGGGAAAGUCGCGUGGCUAUGGAUUCGUGGAGUACGAGAAGGAGGCAGACAUGAAGUCCGCUUACAAGUACGCUGACGGCAAGAAGAUCGACGGCCGUCGCGUGGUUGUAGAUGUCGAACGAGGACGUACCGUGACGGACUGGCUGCCGAAAAAGUUUGGAGGUGGCAUUGGAGAGACUCGCAAGGGAGGAGCGGAUGUCAACGUCAAGUACUCGGGCAGAGAAGCGAUCGGACACUUUCAGGUCGGCGCAGCGCGCGACGAAGGAGCGUCGAGGUAUGGAGCUCAUGAGCCUCCGCGUGAUCGGAGUCGCAGUCGAGGACGUGCUGCUGGGGGAGAUCGUCGGGAUCGACGCCGAUCUAGAUCUAGAUCGCGGGACCGUCGACGCGAUCGUGGCCGAGACCGCAGUCGUGACCGUGACCGUGGUCGCGAGCGGGACCGUAGCCGCGAUCGCGAUCGUCGAAGCCGCAGAGAUUCUCGUGACUACUCGCGUAGAUACUGAUGCAGGUUCCGAUAGCUGGGCAGCAUUUGUCGUAGGUAUAAUUGCAUCGUCAGCAUGCUUGCUGUCAUGAACUGAGGUAAGACACAUUCUACUAUCCACUAAUCCACAGCAACUACGAAGGAGUGCAUGAUCCUCGCGGGUAAUUUACUCUCUAACGAGGAUCGUGCACAACUUCACAUCCCUCUCGUGUUGAACACUCAAAUGUCAGCAACCACGUUUCUCAAAAAUACGACUAGUAGGAUUUAUCGUAAUAUGAAACUGUGCCGGGUGUAGUGUGAUUCUGCCA